CAAGAAAGGCGAUAGUAGCGUGUUCGAAGUCGAGUUAUAAUCACCGGAUGAGACGCGGAGGAUAUACGGGUCUAAGAGAGAAACUGGUUAAUAAUAAAGUACUUGCCAAAGAUGAAAUACCCCUGGUCAUUAAUGUGGUGUAAAAGAUGUGAAAACAAAGCAGGUGAAUUGGAAGAUGCUAAUGUUAAAGUCAUGGCAGAAAAACUAAUGGAACAUGAAAAACAAAUCAAAGAUGGAGAUGUGAAGCUUGAUCCUGGGAUGGAUGCCAUGACACUAGUCUUUGGCAAGGAAAAUGGUGGAUUCUUAAAAGGGGUUGGCACAGGAGUGACUGCUAACAGAUAUUUCCACAUUCCUAGAACCAAAGGAUCUUCAAAAGAACAAAUUACGGACCUAAAGUUUGAACUACAGAAUGAGAGACUUGAGCUGCAGAAAAAAGAUGAAGAACUUAAGGCGUUGUCAACAAAGGUGAGAGAACAAGAUAAUACACUAAAGUUAGUUUUAGCUCAUUUUGAAUCACAAGGAACAAUGAUACCUAAUCUACCAUCUCAUCCGAAUCAGUCUCCAACACAAGUAUUUUCAGUGGACAAGAACAUUGAAUCUCAUGCCACUCCUGUUACUAAUACUAUCAUAGAGAAAACACCUAUCAUAAAUAAAGCAUCGACAAAUGAAACAGUUACACGAGUAAUGGCAAAAGCCACCAAAAUAACUGUUGAAUCUAAGAGUGCGAAUACAAAUUCACAUCCAAAAAGAAAAGAUACUCAUUCACCAAAACUAUCACAGACAAUGAAGACAAUAAAGUGCAUUCUACAAUAUCCAAAUAAUAGAAGUAAUGUUGCUUUUGGUACCGUUUACAUAUCUUCGGAAAGACAAACCAUUUAUGGAGUUCCACUUCAGGACGACUGCUAUAAAGUUUCAAUUGAUGAAGUGAUAAAGGGAGCUGCAUUUUUACCAUAUCCAAACGGUGAUAUCAAAUUAGUUGAGGAUGCACAUAAAACUUUUGUUGCAUGGCCAAAAUACCUUGUCAAAUGUGACGAAAAGGUACCACGAAUGGGAUCAACUCAAGAUGAUGAACAUAAAAGCUCCAAGAAACAAAGAAAAAGUUUAACUCAAGAUGAUGAACAUAAAAGCUCCAAGAAGCAAAACAAAAAAUUUAUAACCAGAGAUAGCAUUGGCAAGCAUACAAGGAGCACUUUCAACAAGACUAAAGAAAUCUAG